CACAAUCAGUUUAGCAAAGGGAAACGACAGUCCAUCAUUACUUCAAGAACCGAAGGUCAGGCAGUCCAGAACAUUGCAAAUCCUCUGAAUGGGUCCCCAAGUGCAGUGGCAAAAACCAUCGAGUGCUGCGACCAAACUGGCUUCUCCCAGGAAGGAAGAGCGAGAGUCAUCUCUGCUGCUGAGAAGGAGCUGAUCUGAGUCACCAGCCUCACAAAUCACCAGUUCAAUCAGCAGCCCAGAUUAGACGCCACAUAAAUGGCACACAGAGUUCUAGUAGCAGAGACAUCUGUACAUCAACCGUUCAGAGCAGAACCAGUCAGACCACAGCUGCUGCUGGGAAAAACAACAAGCAGAAGAGAUUUGUUUGGUCCAAGAAACAAGGAACAAGGAAUGGACAAUGACCGUGUCUUUGUGUGACACCCAAAAGAUGGUCUCUACAUGGUCCCUGCUGUGAAGCAGGGAGGAGGAGGAGGUGUGAUGGUGGUGGGAUGACAUACCAUCCCAGUCUGUAUUUAGUCUGACAAUCAUUUAUACUUUAACAGGACAAUGACUCAAAAAAACACCUGUAGGAAGAGCCAUGUGACCAAGAGUGCUGCGCCUUCACAGUCACCUGACCCUAACCCAGUCAGGUUGGUUUUAGAUGAACUGGACUGGAGGUAAAAGGACCAACAAGUGCUCACACAGUCAGUCAGAAGCAUAUAUAAAUGUAUAUAUGUCCGUAUAUAUAUAUAUGGUUCUGUGACUGACUGUCACAUAUAAAAGAAACAUGGAGGAGACAGAAAUCAACGGGUCUGACUGAUAAACAUGUUUUUCUGUUUCUUCCCUCUCCACCAACAGCACUAAUGGCAUUUUGAACAGAUUCUCUUUUCACUCCAUCACUCAUCUGCUCUGACACAGACUUUCCAUCAGCCCGACUCCACACUUGGACAUAAAACGCACUUUAAUUGGCUAACGCUUACGCCCCUGGAUGUUCCCUCCUAAUAAAACAUAAAACUCACUGGCAUUUGGACUUGGAAGGCUGUACCUUUGUUCCACCUGCUUCCAUUUUCAUUACUUCAAUAUGCAGUACAUCAGGCAGUUUGAAGGAAAAUGUACAGAUGCCAGCUCUGUGAGAUGUCACACACCAGAGUGCUGCUGAUGCUGCUGCUGCUGCUGCUGCUGCUGCUGAUGCUGCUGCAGGGAGUGCAAUGAUGUGCAAUUUGCGUGACAUGACCAGAAAGCAGAGCACAUGCAAUUAAUAACAGAGAUAACACUGACCACGCCCUGACCUCCUCCUGCUCCGACUCUGGUUGGUGCUAAUGGCUGCAGAUCUAUAUGUCUGAGUCACACUGUUCCAUGAUCAGUGUGUGUUUUUAUUAGAGCUGAAGGAAAGGGUGAAUCAUAAAGGCCAUGAUCUAGUGUGUGUGUGUUUUCGUGGAUCUCACUGGGCUGGACAUGAGGACGUGCUGUACUGUGGACGGAGCCAGAGGUGCCACACAGUCAGGCUGUGGUGACAGAGAGCGGCUCCAACCACAGAUGUGAUGAGAAGACAUUAGCUCUUUACACAAUGUGACCAGUGUUAAGAAUCCAACAUGGUUCUAUUUCAGAAUAUUUAUUUAUUUUUUUACUGUUGGUUGAAGUGUUUUAAUCUUUCCCUUAAAUUAACAUGGAAAAAACCCCACACCACUGAGGUGGAACUGAAGGAGGAGAGUUCAUUCAGAGGAGACACAAACAUACAAACGCAGAGAAUCACCAAGGAAUCUUUUUUUUUAAAAAAAGGACAACCUAGUGGUUUCCAAAGUAGGGGGCGUGGCACUAGUGCAGGGGCGAGGUGGCCCCUGAUUUGUAAUUGCAGUUUAAAGUUCAGCAGCCGCGGCUGCAGAUUAAUUGCUCGUUUGAGAAUGUUUUUUUCCUUAAAAAGGAAAAAGAAAGUGAUAAAUAUUCAAUUUCCUCUCUUUACAGGAGCGUAGUGGUUUAGUGGUUAAGGAAGCGGACUUGGGUCCGGAAGGACUCCUAGUGACAAAGUUUGAAGCAAGAACCGUGUCUUGAACCCACAGGACUGUGUGACUGUGUGUGGGGAGAGGAAAGUGAAGGGCAACACAUUUAGCAGCGCGGUGAGUUCCUGUGAGACCAACAUGAACAUGUCAGUACAGUUAGGUACAGUGGAUAUGACAGGUCGUUAUUUUAACAUCAUAAAACCAUCUGCACUUUUAGUGGCGUUUCCUUCUUUAAUUUAACAAGGGAUGUCUUUGAGGACGGAAUCAUAAAGAUGUAAAAAUAAAGUACACGUCCUCUCAUUAGUCUGACGUUUUUAACCCGGGCUGUGGCUGUUUAUUGGUUCAAUUACACAUUAGGCACAAAACAAAUGCUUAAAAAAGCAUUUGACACAAAGGGACUUUAUGGCUAACCAACCUGGGGGGCAGCCCCCCCCCCAUACCCCCUCCCCCGUGGGUAUCACAAGGGUGAACCCUUAUUAUACACUAUUAUUUUCCACAGUUGUUUUCAGGAACACCAAUGUUCAAAAUAAGUAAAAAAAAAGUGAAGUCAGGUCAGAUGUGGAUUUUAGGGUCAGUUUUAAUUUGUUAUGGAGAAAAUUCACUAAAAUAAAUAUCGUAGUGUGUCGGCUGUGUGACCAGGGUGUCGAACAAACAUCACUACAUCACUGUGUGUGUGUGUGUGUGUGUUUUGUGUCACUUUCCACUUCCUGUCAUCGUCAUUCUACAUAAGAAAACCACAGCCGGGUCAUGUGACCUGGUGACAGCUUCCACUUUCUGUCCUCACACACUGUAACCCUAACUCUCACGUUGGAUGAAUUUACUACUUUACUACUUGUUUCUAAGCAGAAGUCUCUGAGGAAACAGUACCAAGUAAAGUGUACAGGAACCAGAAAGAGGAAGAGGAAGAAAGCAGGCGGAGCAGUGAUGGACACAACAGACGAGCCCUUCUGCAGACCAGUCAGCGUGAAUGGCGUGUAUUCUGUGCGCUACACUGAGGAAGUUCUUCUCCCCGUCUUCAAAGACGAAAGUGUCAAGAUCACCAUGGCGUCACCGCAGCUGCCUCCUGCUACACCAAACAGCGCCCCCUGUGAUCUGUCUGAGCUCAGACUGGUCCUCUUGGGGAGGAAAGGAGUUGGGAAGAGUGCUGUAGGCCACACCAUCCUGGGAGAAGCGUCAGGGUUGGAGAGCUGGAGGCCCACGGAGGAGUGCGUGAAAAGACAAGGCAGUGUUGUGGGCAAAUCGGUGACAGUAGUGGACACACCUGGGUGGGAGUGGUACUACCCACUCAACAGCACCCCCAACUGGGUGAGGAAGGAAACUGUGAGGAGUGUAUCGCUGUGCCCUCCUGGACCACAUGCGGUGCUCCUGGUAGUUCGAGCCUGCGCCUCAGUGACGGAGGCCUACAUCAGGGAGAUUGAGGAGCACCUACAGCCUCUGGGCAGAGGAGUGUGGGAGCACACCAUGCUGCUGUUCACCAGAGGAGACGAACUGGGUCUGACCACCAUGGAACAAAGAAUCCUGACCAGUGGGCCGGCUCUUCAGAGACUUCUGCAGAAAUGUGGGAGCAGGUACCAUGUGGUGAACAACCACGACAGAGGAGACAGGACGCAGGUCCAGGAGCUGAUCAGGAAGGUGGUGCGGAUGGUGGAGGAGAAGAAAGGAGUCAGACACUUAGAGAUGGACAGUACCCUGCUGGUGGGUUUGGAGGCAGACAAGGGGAGGAGAGCCAGGGAGAGGAGGAGGAAACAGAGGCAGAUGGAGGCGCAGACCCAGAGAGGAACCAUCAGAGACGCUCUCACCAGUGACGUUCCUCAGGGAUUUGGGUUGGAUGCUCAUCAGUCCUUCUCCAAGUCUCCCAGACAACUCCACGAGAUCCGGCUGGUGCUGCUGGGUGAACGGGAAACUGGAAAGAGCGCUGCGGGAAAUACGAUCCUUGGGAAAAACAGCUUCUUCACAGCAGGCGUCGUGACGGAGGAGUGCACCAGUCAACAGGCUGAGGUGACCAGGAGGUGUGUGACGGUGGUGGACACGCCCGGCUGGGAGGCAGGAGUGGCUGGAGCAACACCAGAGAGGGUGAAGAGGGAGAUCGUCAGCAGUGUGGCCUUGUGUCCACCAGGACCCCAUGCUCUCCUACUGACUCUGAGAGUGGACACUCUGGUGAGGGCAGCACAUGUCAGGGAACACCUGGAGCUCCUGGGUGGAGGUGUCUGGAGGCACAUCAUCCUGCUGUUUACUCACGGUGACCAGCUCAGAGCGGGGGUGGACAUCCAGCAUCACAUCCAGAAUGGAGGCCGGGACCUGCAGUGGCUGCUGGAGAGAUGCAGAGGCAGAUAUCAUGUCAUCAGCAGUGUGGGUGGAGCAGGAGAUGGAGGGAGAGGAACGGUGACGGAGCUCCUGGAGAAAGUGGAGAAGGUGGCGGCGAUGAACAGAUGCGAGGCCUUCUCAAAUCUGGUGCAGGAGGUGAGAGAUCUGAGUCAACAAAGAAACCAACAGUUCAACCAGCGACUGAAGGAGAUGGGAGACAAGGUGCUGCGUCAGCAGGAGGAGCUGAGGAACAUGAAGGAGCAGGAGAUGAAGAGGCUCGGGUGGUUUUUAAACAGGAAGAAGAAGGUGAAAUCCCCUGGGAAGGUUCACCUUCAGAGAGAAGAAGAGGAGGAGGAGGAAGAGGAGCGGAGGACAGGUGAGACAAAGGCUGACUUUGGUGAACUGGAGGAGAGAAUGCGGUGGUUGGUGGAGGACAAAGAGAGAGAAAUUCAAGAUCUGAGUUUGGAAAACCAGAGAAACCUUGUGACAUUAAACCAAAACAGAGAGGAAAGAGAGAAGCUGAUGCUACAGUUGGAGCUGAGAGAGCGAGAGACAGAAGAACUGAAGGAGAGAAUGGAGGAGCAGCAGGUGAAGCUGCUGGACCUGGAACGUACUGGUGUAGAAAAGGAACAAAUGAGAAAGCAGAUGGAGGAGGCUGUUAGAGGAGAAGCUGGGAGGUGGAAGAAGGAAGUAGAAAAACUGAGAGAGACUGUGGAAGUUUUAACAGCAGAGAUGAAUGAGACUAGUAGACGCUGUGAUGCCGCUCUGAGCAGAAAAGAACAGGAACACGUCGGAGAGUUGAGAAGACUCCAGGAAGAAGUUCAGUUGGAAACAACAGAAGGCCUAAAACUGCAGCACCAGGAGGAGAUGGUCAGAAAAAUCAGUGAGCUGGAGAAACUGAUGGAGAAAACACAGGUUCAACAGCAGAGGGAAACUGUGCAGAAACUGAAGGAAAAGGAAAAAGAACUGGACAGAGUCAAGAAGAAGCAUGAAAAUGAAACAAGUCGUCUAAAAGACCUGCUUGUCAAAGAGACCGAAAAACAUUUGGAAGCAGCAGAGCGUCAAAAACGGUUCGAGCACCAAAUGAAAGAGAAAACGCUCCAGAGUAAAAAAGAGAAGGAAAUGAUUCUUUCAAACCACAACAGAGAGAAAGAAAAGGAAAUAGAGCUGUUAAAAAGGCAACACCGUGGAGAAAUGUUGGGAAAAUUAAAGGAAAUGGGAAAAGUGCAGAGAGAAAAUGAGGAAUGUGUAAAAAAUCUGCACCAAGACUACAAGAAACAAAUAAAGGAAAUGCAGGAACUAAACCAAAGUGAAGUGGAAGAGAAGGUGACGCUUUUAAAAGAAUUGAAGAAACAGCUGCAUAAAAGAGAAGCUGAAAUGACCGCCUUAGAGGAAAAGUUUUUGGACCAAUUAGAGGAAAACAUGUUAGAAAGUGAAAUAGAGAGAGAAAUAAUUCAGCAAAAUCACCAGAAACAAGUGGAACAAAAGCUGAAGGAGAAAGAGAAGGAACUGGAUGAGUUAAAAGCAGGGCACUGUGAAGAAAUGAAGGAAAGAGAGGAGGAAAUAGAGAAACUGCACACAGUCAUAGAAGGAAAGGAGGCAGAGAAGAAGGAGGCUGUGGAAAAACUAAAAGACUUGGAGGAAGAAUGGAGAAGGGAAGCAGAGGAGCAGAGAGCCUGGUUUUCAACAGAAACGCAGAAACAACUGGAGGAAAAACAAAGAGAGAUAAAAGAGAUGGAACAAAAGUUUGUGUUUCAGAUGGAGGACAAAACGCUGCAGCAUCAGAGGGAGGUGGAAAUCAAUCAUCAGAGUCACAGACAACUGGUAGAGGAGUUACAAAGUCGGCACAUCCAUGAAAUUGAGCAACUGAAGGAGGAGCUGAGGAACAUGAAGGAGCAGGAGAUGAAGAGGCUCGGGUGGUUAUUAAACAGGAAGAAGAAGGUGAAAUCCACUGGGAAGGUUGACCUUCAAAGAGAAGAAGAGGAGGAGGAGGAGGAAGAGGAGCGGAGGACAGGUGAGACAAAGGCUGACUUUGGUGAACUGGAGGAGAGAAUGCGGUGGUUGGUGGAGGACAAAGAGAGAGAAAUUCAAGAUCUGAGUUUGGAAAACCAGAGAAACCUUGUGACAUUAAACCAAAACAGAGAGGAAAGAGAGAAGCUGAUGCUACAGUUGGAGCUGAGAGAGCGAGAGACAGAAGAACUGAAGGAGAGAAUGGAGGAGCAGCAGGUGAAGCUGCUGGACCUGGAACGUACUGGUGUAGAAAAGGAACAAAUGAGAAAGCAGAUGGAGGAGGCUGUUAGAGGAGAAGCUGGGAGGUGGAAGAAGGAAGUAGAAAAACUGAGAGAGACUGUGGAAGUUUUAACAGCAGAGAUGAAUGAGACUAGUAGACGCUGUGAUGCCGCUCUGAGCAGAAAAGAACAGGAACACGUCGGAGAGUUGAGAAGACUCCAGGAAGAAGUUCAGUUGGAAACAACAGAAGGCCUAAAACUGCAGCACCAGGAGGAGAUGGUCAGAAAAAUCAGUGAGCUGGAGAAACUGAUGGAGAAAACACAGGUUCAACAGCAGAGGGAAACUGUGCAGAAACUGAAGGAAAAGGAAAAAGAACUGGACAGAGUCAAGAAGAAGCAUGAAAAUGAAACAAGUCGUGAGCAAAAUCACCAGAAACAACUGGAACAAAAGCUGAAGGUGAAAGAGAAAGAACUGGAGGAGUUAAAAGCAGGACACUGUGAAGAAAUAGAGAAACUGCACACAGUCAUAGAAGGAAAGGAGGCAGAGAAGAAGGAGGCUGUGGAAAAACUAAAAGACUUGGAGGAAGAAUGGAGAAGGGAAGCAGAGGAGCAGAGAGCCUGGUUUUCAACAGAAACGCAGAAACAACUGGAGGAAAAACAAAGAGAGAUAAAAGAGAUGGAACAAAAGUUUGUGUUUCAGAUGGAGGACAAAACGCUGCAGCAUCAGAGGGAGGUGGAAAUCAAUCAUCAGAGUCACAGACAACUGGUAGAGGAGUUACAAAGUCGGCACGUCCAUGAAAUUGAGCAACUGAAGCAGGAAAGUGAGGCGGCGAAGAGGGGUUACAGGAGAGAGAUGGAGGAGAAAGAGGGAGAGGCAAAGGAGGUGAAAACGAAUCUGAUCAGCAGAGCUGAACGACAAAUGAAGCAAGAGAAGGUGGAUCAGUAUGAGCAGGAGGUGAAGAAGAGAGAUCAGGAUGUCCAGAGAAAGGAGGAGCAGGUGGAGAGCUUGCUCAGAGUUCUUGAAGGCAAACAACAAGAGCUGAGCUUCCACGGUGAAGACCUCCAAAAGAAGGUGAAAGGUCUGAAGGAGCACAGCCAAGAGCUGAGGGACAGAGAGCACCACCUGAUCAACGAGGAGCAAGAGCUGCUCAAAUGGAAGUCAGAGCUGCAAGCGCGAGAUGAUCACAUCAACUCCACCACGCAGCAGCUGGACGAAAUGGGCCGGGACUUGACUCUGCUCAGAGAGGAGCUCCGCAAGAAGGAGGCCAACAUGAAGAUGUUCAUGGAGAAGCUGAACAAAUGGCAGCAGAGCCUCGAAGCUCGAGAAUCAGCAUUUCAGAAAAAGGAGGAAAACGGUUUAGAAAGUGUUGAGUGUGAUUCCAGCAACAACAGGAGGGUGGAAGGCAGAGGUCAGAUACAAAUGUACCAGGAGGUGAGUGAGAGAAGGGAGGAAGGAAGAGGAACGGAGUCAGAUAAAGGGGAACAGAUUAAGGAAAGGGAGGAUCUGAGGAGGAAAAUAGGAGAGUCAGCUACAAGCAGCCUCAAAUGUCAGUUUGAAACACUAAAGGAGACAGAGGUGAUGGAGGAAAGGGAAGAGAGGAGGAAGGUCCAGAGGGUCAACCAGGAUUUAUUGUUGUUUUCUCAGGGUCAGGGUCACACAGGGUCAGACAGCACAGACUCACCAGGGUCAUAUCUUAGGGUGAUGGUGUUGGGAGAGACCUGGUCACCGCGGAGUCCAGCUGGAGUCUCCGUUCUGGGUGGAGAAGAUGUGAGAUCCAAAGAGAAUGGCUCUACCUUCAGGUGUUGGAGAGGUCAAAUAGGUGGGAGGAACCUCGCCAUCGCAGAGCCCCUCGGUCUGAGGUGGAGGGACGGUCCAGACGUGGUCUGUGGUCUGCAGAAGAAGAGUCUUGUGGACAGCAGGUCCUGGUGUCACCCUGGACCUCACAUCGUUCUCCUCCUCAUACCUGCCUUCCUAACCUGCACUCAGAAGUACAGGAGAGCUCUUGAGGAGCAACUAGCUUUGAUAGGAGAAGACACUUGGCAGCGCACCCUGGUGGUGUUCACCUGGGGAGAAACUUUAGGUGUGAGUGCAGAGCAGCACAUCCUGAGGAACGGAGAACUGAUGACGCUGGUGGAGAAGUGUGAAGGCAGGUUCCAUGUUCUGUCCAACAAGAAGAAAACAACAGAGUGUGAAGAACUGUUGGAAAAGAUGGAGGCUUUGACCCGCAGGGGGCAGUGUGUUUGAAAGACUGAACAUUUGUUGAGAGAACUUUUUUUUAAUUACAUAUUUGAUAUCAAAAUAAUUUUACAUUUAUAAAACAACUUGUUUUAAUGUAUAUGUUAUAUUUAAUGCAUAUUUUAUGACAAUAAAUACAUAUUUUUGUUGAAAGUUUAAGUGAAUUGAAUUAAGUGGAAAAUAAAUGCAAAAAUAGUGUAACUGAAAUUUAAUGUCAAUGUUGAAUUAUGA